AACAUUCCUCACUCGUCCUUUGUCUUUCUUCCACGACCACCUCACGACCCCGGCUUGCUUUCACGCUCUUUCGCUUUCUAUCUCGCUGGGAUCGAUAGGAUGCCUGCAGCAUACCCUGGACAGGAGGACGACACCGCGUCCGACUCGAGUUUCGACGACGGACGUCAUUCACAGAGUGUGCCUCUGCUACCCUUUCAAUCCUGGAGCCCUAGUGCUUUCAAGGAGAAGUUCAUGCAUUCCGCGCCUCAGUCUCCCCUUUGGCCGACGCGAUUUCCUCUGCCUCUGGCCGUCGUAAGGCGAAGAUGGGUACUCAUUUCCGUUCUUGUGCUCGCGGCCGUCGGCUGCAUACCUCUCUUGCUCUCGGGGUCGGUGGAUUCGCGUCAGGUGCAGCGCGCACCUCAGCCAGGCGACUUCAAUCCCCAACCACCAAAACCAGAGGAAGCAUCGAAUCCGGUGGACGCGCAAGAGGACUGGGCGGACGUGCCCGAGGACGCUCUUCCGAUACACUUGAGGCCGGACACAUACCUAGAAGGCCUUGCAGCCACAUCCCACUUUAGAGAUAGCCUCCGGAAUGAUACCGGUUACAUGACCUCUUUCCUCUCUGCCGGGUGGACAAAUGACCAAAUCACAAUAGGCAACCUGAUAUACCUCUCCCUCAUCUCCGGGCGCAUACCCAUUGUCCCGCCCUUCACGUCCUACAUCGACGGCGCGGCCUCCCCGCUCGCCUUCUCGGACAUCUUCGACGUCCCGCGCCUCGUCCUCGCGCUAAACGCGCCCGUGCUUGAGUGGCACAUGGUCAAGGACCUCGAGCGCGCGCAGGCGGAGAACGUCAAGGACGCGCUCGGCUGCUGGAACAUCUGGGAGGUCGACAACUUGCAGUCCAAGGGCCCGCGCGGGAGCUACUCGACCACGCUGCUCAAUCUCGAUAUCUCGUACACGCGCGCGCCCGCGACGGUGAAGCUGAUCCCGAACUACGAACACGACUCGCACUCGACGUUCUGGUCGCUUGCGAAACUUGCGUUCCCAGAGGGACGCGCGGAUGCGCUGUCGCGCCCGCACGAGAACCCCACGCGCAAGUCAGAGGGGAACGGGAUCGCCCUCCCGCCGGACGAGCAGCUCGCGUGCUUCGACUAUUUGUAUUAUGUCUGCGCGCUAGACCCAUUCGAAUUUGAGCGGGACUACAGCCCGAUGUGGCGUGAAGUCAUGGUGCACGCGCGCUGGACAUCAGACCUCGAAGAGCUCGCGCGAGGCUACCUUCGCCGUCUCUUCCGACUUCCUGACGGCGCCGCUAUCCCUCCUUAUAUCGCGAUCCACGCACGCCGCGGUGACUUUGAGGGCUGGUGUGGCUCGGUCCCGCGCGACGAAUGCUUCGCGCCUCUGGGUGCAUUCGCGCGCCGCGUGCGCGAGGUGCAGGAGGAAGUGCGCCUGCGGCAUGGAAUUUACGUAUCGCAUGUGAUCAUGACCGGGGACGAGAAGGACGCUGGGUGGUGGAGCGCGGUCGAGGAGCGCGGGUGGCUGCGCAUCGACCAUGCCGGCGAACGUACGGCGGAGCGAUUCGGGAACUGGUAUCCUGUUGUGCUGGACGCGGUCGUGCAGUCGAUGUCGGCGGGCUUUGUGGGCACGGACCGCUCGACGUUUUCGCACAUGGCGCGUCGCCGCGUUACGGACUGGAACAACGGAGCGGUUCGCCUAGUCAAGUGGGGUACCCCCAACGCCGACGCCCACUAGCCGCGCCCCAUUGGCAUGAGCAUCUUUCAUUAGAUUGCGGACGACAAGGACUAGACUCCCGCAUUGGUGCGGCACGGCUUUUUUUCAUUCCUCGUUCACAGGCACCCGCUUUUCGUUCACUGUAUCAUCAUUUUCAUCUUGGUUUCGGGCUUAGAGUUCAAGGUGAUCAUUUUUCAUUAGACGUUGGACAUUUUCGAUGCAUCUUCCUCAGGCUCCAUAUACGCCUAUACUUAUUGCCUUAGUAGCGCGACGCACCUGGUCGCGUAUCUGUAUCUUGACCUCUGCAUUUACUUACAAAACGUUCCUCGGACACAAUAAUGCCCCAGUGUAUCUAUCGUGCUUCUGAAUGGUAC